UCAAUGGGGAGCCUCCUCGAUUGGUCAGUAGUAAAAUGACGUCAACUUACACGGCAGGACACAUUCCAGUCAUCGACGUAGAAGAGGCGUGGCUUCACCAUUCUUUUACAACCGGCAUUUUCUUACUGGAGUUUCAUUAUUACUCCGAGAAGGGAAAUAAGUCUUUGUGCUAUUUAUUUAUUUAUUGUAGUGCGCUUUAAGUUUUCCGGAGCCAGACAUGCUGGGCCUGUGCCUUUACGUACCCGUGUCCAACUCAGACCCGGUUGAAGUGGAAUAUUUCGAGUCCAACGGACUGCCAUCCGAGAUGAAGUCUCUCUUUAACAAACUGAGCGUGUUCCUGUCUUCCCAGGAGUUUUCAACCUACCAAAAGUGGCGAAUGAAAACAUUAAAAAGGGGAGAACAUGGCUCAGAUGGACAGCUGGACUUUGAGGAGUUUGUCCACUAUCUGCAAGACUAUGAGAAGGACUUGAAGCUUGUGGUGAGAAGCCUGGACAAGAAGAAUGCAGGCUGUGUUGAACCUAAAGAGUUCGUGCAGUCUCUUCGAGACCUUGGUGUACAUAUCUCCCUGCAGAAUGCAGAAAAAGCCCUUAAGAGCGUGGAUAAGAAUGGCCUGAUAACAAUCAGCAGUAAAGACUGGAGCAAAUACACGAUGGUGGAGAAGACGGAGAACAUUCCUGAGAUCAUCCUCUACUGGAAACAUUCCACGAUUUUCGAUGUGGGUGAGAACCUGAUGGUGCCUGAUGAGUUCACUGUUGAGGAGAGGCAGACCGGGAUGUGGUGGAGACACCUGGUCGCCGGUGGAGGAGCUGGAGCGGUUUCCAGGACCUGCACUGCUCCUCUGGACCGACUCAAAGUCAUGAUGCAGGUUUAUGGAACUCGAACCAACAACAUGUGCGUAAUGAGCGGACUGAUGCAGAUGAUCAAAGAGGGUGGUAUGAAGUCACUGUGGCGAGGCAAUGGGGUGAACAUCAUCAAAAUCGCCCCUGAAUCUGCCCUGAAGUUCAUGGCAUACGAACAGAUUAAACGGAUAAUUGGCAGCGAUAAGGAGGCUCUGAACAUCUUGGAGCGGUUUGUCGCAGGAUCUCUGGCUGGAGUGAUCGCACAGAGUACCAUCUACCCCAUGGAGGUCCUGAAAACUUGUCUUACUCUGAGAAAGACCGGGCAGUACACCAGGAUCUCAGACUGUGCACGGCAGAUUUUCAGGAGAGAAGGACUUGGAGCGUUUUAUAAAGGCUACGUCCCCAACAUGUUGGGCAUCAUCCCCUACGCCGGCAUCGACCUGGCAGUGUACGAGACACUGAAGAACAGCUACCUGCAGCGGUACGGCACCACCAGUGGCGAUCCGGGCAUGUUCGUCCUGCUGGCCUGUGGCACCGUGUCCAGCACCUGCGGUCAGCUCGCUAGUUACCCUCUGGCUCUGGUCCGAACCCGCAUGCAAGCGCAAGCUGUCACGGAGGGUAGCCAGCCGGUGACGAUGACGGGGCUCUUCAAGCAGGUGUUGCAGACCGAGGGUCCAGUGGGGCUCUACAGAGGCCUGGCCCCCAACUUCCUCAAAGUCAUCCCUGCCGUCAGCAUCAGCUACGUGGUGUACGAGCACCUGAAGACACAGUUGGGAGUGACGUCGCGCUGAACCCCUACCCCAAGGGCUCAUGCCAGGGAAUCCCAGGGAGCUUCUGUCCCCUUCUGUGGGUUCAUGGAGCUGUCUCAUUCUGUGAAUGCCAGCUGACAAAAGACAAUGGAGGAAAAAAAAAAAAUCAGCCAGGACAAAGUGAAGGAUAAGGACUCUGUGAGCUUGGGUUUUGCUGCUAUUUAUGAUCUUGGAGAAGCUGUAUCGGGAGGUGAAAUGUGAGUGACUGUAUAUCAAGGACCAAAUGUCUCUGCUCUUCCUGCAGUUCUCUAUUUUGGUGCCCGAGCACAUGUCUAGUUUUUUCAUGUGUGUGGGACGCUGCAAGGUUAGGUUGCAUAACCAACACUCUUAAGUGUACUAAACUCCCAUUCAGAGUACACAUGACAUGGGAGGUACAGCAUUAAGAAACUGUUCUGCCUGUUGGAAGAAGUGACUGUCCCUAAAUAAGACGAUUUUGCACAUGUGAUUUUCAAUCCUCUUCCAAUGUUCUGAAUGACUGGGGUAUUUAUUUCUCUCAUAUUUAUUGUUUUAUUAUCAAGGACAGAGGGCUUGUAUACACUAGGCAGCAUGUUUUGUCUGAAGAGCCAAAUGUGUGAUUGAUAGUUGAUAGAUAGAUUGAUAGUGAAAAUGCAGUGUGCACCAGUCGACAGCCUGAACACGUGGCCGUCAAAC